UCAGGACGUCGAAGCCCAAGGAAGACGAGAACCAGCCGGGUCGCGAGCAGUUCCGCGGCCCUGUCGCUGUCGCCUUGGGCCGCUGCUGACGAGUCCAGGGGGCGGACGGCUGAGACAGUGAGAAAGCAGUCUGGCUCCUGAGGUCCACCCCUUAUGCCCCAAGGUCCAGAUGGCGGCCAACGUGGGUGAUCAACGUAGCACAGAUUGGUCUUCUCAGUACAGCAUGGUGGCCGGGGCAGGCAGAGAGAACGGCAUGGAGGCUCCUAUGCAUGAGAACCCAGAGUGGGAGAAGGCCCGCCAGGCUCUGGCCAGCAUCAGCAAAGCAGGAGCCGCCGGCAGCUCCGCCAAGGCCAGCAGCAAUGGGCCUGUUGCCAGUGCCCAGUACGUGGCUCAGGCGGAGGCCUCGGCCCUGCAGCAGCAGCAGUACUACCAGUGGUACCAGCAGUACAGCUACGCCUACCCGUACAGCUACUACUACCCCAUGAGCAUGUACCAGAGCUAUGGUUCUCCCUCCCAGUAUGGCAUGGCCAGCUCCUACGGUUCCGCCACACCCCAGCAACCAUCGGCACCCCAGCACCAGGGGGCUCUGAACCAGCCCCCAGUUCCUGGCAUGGAAGAAAGCAUGUCCUACCAAGCCCCCCCGCAGCAGCUGCCGGCAGCCCAGCCCCCUCAGCCCUCCAACCCCCCGCAUGGGGCUCAUAAUCUGAACAGCGGCCCCCAGCCUGGAACGGCCCCAGCCACACAGCACAGCCAAGCGGGGCCUGCCUCAGGCCAGGCCUAUGGGCCACACACCUACUCCGAGCCUGCCAAGCCCAAGAAGGGCCAACAGCUGUGGAACCGGAUGAAGCCAGCCCCUGGGACCGGUGGUCUCAAGUUCAACAUCCAGAAACGGCCCUUUGCUGUCACCAGCCAGAGCUUCAGCUCCCCCUCAGAGGGCCAGCACGGCAGCUUCGGCCCCCAGCCCAACCCCGAGAAAGCCCAGAACCACAGGGGGAGCCUGUCCGGGAAGCCCGACGAUUGGCCGCAGGACAUGAAAGAGUAUGUGGAGCGCUGCUUCACUGCUUGCGAAUCGGAGGAGGACAAGGACCGGACGGAGAAGCUGCUCAAGGAGCUGCUGCAGGCUCGGCUGCAGGAUGGCUCGGCCUACACCAUUGACUGGAGCCGGGAGCCCCUGCCAGGGCUGACUCGGGAGCCUGUGGCUGAGAGCCCCAAGAAGAAGCGGUGGGAGGCCCCUAGCAGCCUUCAUCCUCCCAGGGGGGCAGGCUCAGCGACAAGGGGCGGGGGUGCCCAGUCCCAGCGAGGGACACCAGGGGCUGGGGGUGCUGGCCGAGCCCGGGGCAGCAGCUUCGCCAAGUUUGGCAACCGCAAUGUCUUCAUGAAGGACAACAGCUCUUCCUCCAGCACGGACUCCCGCUCCCGUUCCUCCUCCCGGUCCCCUACUCGCCACUUCCGCCGCAGUGACUCCCACUCGGAUUCAGACAGUUCUUACUCAGGGAAUGAGUGUCACCCUGUGGGUCGCAGGAACCCCCCCCCGAAGGGCCGAGGAGGUCGGGGGGCCCACAUGGACCGGGGCCGAGGCAGGGCACAGCGUGGGAAGAGGCAUGAUCUUGGUCCCACCAAGCGCAGCCGCAAAAAGAUGGCCGCACUAGAGUGCGAGGACCCUGAGCGUGAGCUGAAGAAGCAGAAGCGGGCGGCCCGCUUCCAGCACGGACAUUCCCGCCGCCUGCGCCUCGAGCCCCUGGUACUGCAGAUGGGCAGCCUGGAGAGCAGUGGUGCUGACCCAGACUGGCAGGAACUUCAGAUCGUGGGUACCUGCCCUGACAUCACCAAGCACUACCUGCGUCUCACCUGUGCCCCCGACCCAUCCACUGUGCGCCCUGUGGCGGUUUUGAAAAAGUCUCUGUGCAUGGUCAAGUCCCACUGGAAAGAGAAGCAAGACUAUGCCUUUGCCUGUGAGCAGAUGAAGUCGAUUCGGCAGGACCUGACGGUGCAAGGUGUGCGAACGGAGUUCACGGUGGAGGUGUAUGAGACGCACGCCCGCAUCGCCUUGGAGAAGGGCGACCAUGAGGAGUUCAACCAGUGCCAGACGCAGCUCAAGUCGCUGUACGCCGAGAACCUGCCAGGCAACGUGGGCGAGUUCACUGCUUAUCGCAUCCUUUACUACAUCUUCACCAAGAACUCAGGAGACAUCACCACGGAGCUGGCGUACCUGACUCGGGAACUGAAGGCAGACCCCUGCGUGGCUCACGCCUUGGCACUGAGGGCGGCCUGGGCUCUGGGCAACUACCACCGCUUCUUCCGGCUCUAUUGUCAUGCGCCCUGCAUGUCUGGGUACCUGGUGGACAAGUUUGCAGACCGGGAGCGCAAAGCUGCCCUCAAGGCGAUGAUCAAAACGUAUGUGAAGCUGGGUUCUCCCCCGCCCCCUCCGCUCUGCUGGCCCUGCCGCUGCCUUCCUUCCCCACUUCCCUCCUCCCUCUGUACACUCCUGGGCUGUCAGGCUUCCAGCUCCCGUGACCUGGACACUGGUCCUCUCUCCCCUUGUCUUCUUUCUACACGUACCCUGCUCCCCAGCCCCUCCCGCUUCCCUUCCCACGGUUGGCCCUCUGUCUCCCUAGGCCCGCCUCUGCAUCUCUCUUCUUCCCCAUUCUGUCUCGCUGCUCCAGGGUUCCCUCUCCACCCGAGUCUCUAUUUCUCCUGCUCACGUCACCCUGGACCCUGGUUUGUUUUCUUGCUCUGGGCUCUUGAUUUUCUCACUCGGAGGUCUCUGUUCACCUUUCAAGGCUCUCCUGACACUGAGCUCCCCCUCGGUAGAGACAAACUAGGAAAGUUGGUUGUGCUCUUGGCAGCUUCUGAUCUAACGGGACCAAGACCCCAUUCCAACUUGAGCUCCUUUAAGAGUACAGAAAAUAUGUAGGGAGGCAGGUGUGAUGCAGGGACAAGCCAGAUCAGGGACUGUAUGAAAAAGAGCAAGCUCUCUGUACGUUAGGUAUUCCCUGUGUUGUGCGCACAUGCAUGGUGGGGAACUUGUGGUUCUCUGUCAGGGGUGAGAUGCCCCUGGGUGACGUAGGGAGAUGUCAGGUGACCUCUUUUGUUGGCACAAGUAGGGGUUGCUACUGGUGUCUAGUGGGUAGAGGCUAGGGAUGCUGCUCGGCCUCCUGCAGUGCCCAGGACGCCCCACAGCAGAGAAUCACCUGGCCCCAGUGUCAGUCUUGCCAAGGUUGAGAACCCUCAGUCAGAGGUUGGUAGGUCCAAGGGGCCACCUCAGUUAGCUUAGGAGCCACAGGAGUGGUGUGGAACUGGGGAGGGGCAGUCACACUGAAGUGAGGAGACACACUCCAGGAUCUGGUUUGGGUCCAGAUUUAAGGCAGAGGCCGAGCCAGGGCAGGAGCCGCAGAAGUAGACAAGGACGUGGCACAGAAACAUGAAGGUGACAGGAUACACAGGGCCUGGUUACCUACCUGGGAGUGACGGGGAGGUGGGGUGUCUAAAGGCUCUGUGGGCUGUCCCCGAGUCUGCCCUCUGCAGCGGGAUAGCAGCUCCCAAGCUUGUGUGUGGCUCCCAGGGGUGUCGUGUGGGCUGGUCACUGUGUUGGUUAGUUCGUAUAUGCUGGGUCUUGGUUGGGGCCGUAGCCGUGAAGGUGCCUUGUAGGAGGGGCCUUGGCCUACAUGGGCCGCACGCUCUCCUCCCCCCACUCUUUCUUAGCACACAAGCUCCUCCCUCCCAGAGCCCCCAGAACAGGUUUUCGCAGGGUGGCCAGGAGGCCAGCUCAGUUGUGGGGAGAAAUAGGCUCUCUUGUGCUCCCAUGGAUAUCCAGAGCUGUGAUGGCGCGCGGACUUGAGGCAGGACUGGGUCAUGUCCUUUGUGCGGCAUUCUCCCUGUGUGAUGCUGGCCAGGUGGCUCCGCCUUUGGAGUUACGGUUCCCUCGGCGUCUGUUUCUAAAGGGUAGGGUGACGCAGUUUCUGGAGAGAAUUCAGCGGGUUAACAGCCAUUUCCCGGCACACGCCAAGUCUUCUUAGCAACUUCAAGUGACUGUUGCGAGCGUGUAAUAGGCGUUGGCUGACCCUGUGCCUGGCAUUCCUGAGGCACUUUGACCCAGGCCGGGGGAACAGCCGGGGUGGGGCCCCCAGAGUAGCUGUCAGACCUGCCAACCCAUGCCCAUCCCCAUCCCCUCGGGUCACUCCCUCUGCCUGGCCCCCUGCCCUUGGGCCACAGCGGGCCCUCUUCUGAGGGACUGCUCAGGCCCUUGAGCAGCGGAAGAGCCAGCUGGGCCCUUCCUUCCCAUCCCCUCUCCUUGGUCCCCCUCGUACAGGUAAGUGAGGGUGAAGGGGGGCACAGCCGGGGCUGGGGCCACCAGCCCCACCCCGGGCCCCCCCAAGCCCUGGAGGUGGGGAGGCUGGGUGGGGAGGGGUGAGAGGUCAGCAGGUAACGUGCCGAGGAAACCCUUUGGGUGCCCUAAGGGGGGGCACCCACUCCCUGCUCGUGGGGCCCUCCCCUGCCCGCCGCCCGCCUCAUCACAUUCUCCUCUUGUCUCCGUAGCUUCCGCCCUGCGCUGCCAGUCUCCUACCUGCAGGCCGAGCUGGCCUUCGAGGGCGAGGCCGCCUGCCGGGCCUUCCUAGAGCCCCUGGGCCUGGCAUACACGGGCCCGGACAACGCCAGCAUCGACUGCCGCCUCAGCCUGGCGCAGCUGUCAGCCUUCUGAGCACCAGCGCGGAUGGGGGCGGGGUGGGGGCAGGGCUGUGGCCCCCCAGCACCGCCUUUGCCGAUUUUGUUUUUGAGCCAUGGACUUGGGUUGUAAAUUAGUUCGUGGGGAGUGGGCUCCAGGAAGAGCCGCCGCCCCUGUCCCCCGUUUUCCUACCGGGGGGUCUGUACAGAGAUUUUUUUCUACAUUUUUAUUUUUUGCCUCAGAGGGAUGGGAUUGGGGGAGGAGGGGGUGGGACAGCGGAGGGCUGGGGGCAUGGUCUGUAGGCUGCUCUGUGUCCGCCUGGCACCUCCACUAAUGCUGUCUCAGUGUUUUCUCUCUCUCUCUCUCGAGCUCGUACUCCGGUACCAACCUGGCUCCCUGGCCCAUCCCAUGCCGGGGGGGGCCAGAAGAAGACAGGCCGCUCCGCCCGUGCCCGCCCGCGGCGGGGGCACCAGCACACCAGCCCGCCACCCGCCACCUGCCCGCCUCACCACAGACUCUUGUUGCCCAGCCCUCCGGGGCCUCCGUGUUUGGGGCUAGGGCAGCCGUGUAGAGACUGUGCCCCGCCCUCAGCCCCCCACGCCAGAAACGCCGACGCCAAGCCGCCACCACAUCCACGCCCACACUCCGCACUGAGGACUCCGGAGGCCAUCGCGGGACCUUGGCCGGGCCGCCUCGUCUGCAGUUGCAUUAAGUUGUCUCCGUGUCCCUCCUCCCUCCACCCCCGUGUCUCUUCUGGUUUUUUUUUCCUUCCUUCCCUCCUCCUCCUGCUCGCCACCCUUCUUUGGUUCCGCACAGGUAAAACGGUUACCCUCCCUUCCUCCCUUGCCUUCAUGGAUCACCAGCUCACGUCAUGUUUCCUUCUCUUUUCUUUUUGUGUGUGUUUAUUUAAGUUGUUUUUCUUCCUCCCCUUUUUCUUUUUGCCCCCCCCUUCUGCCAUGUAACUGGAGGAUGUGCGAUGAGUUUGCAAACAGCUGGACUGUCAGGCUGCUUUUUUUCCAGAUGUUCCUCCUCUGCUUCCCUCCCUUCCCUCUCCCCUCCCUUCUCCUUCCUUCAUUCUUUCCUUGGAUCACUGAGCACCAUUUGGAAGCUUGAGAGAAACCAAAAUUAAAGAGAGAGAGAGAGAGAG